CGCUAUUUCAUCAAUGGCUACCUGGCGGAGGUAGGGCAGCCCGGAAAUACAACAGGAAUUGAAGACCACAUUUCUCCGCAAGAUGGAGACGGCCAUGGCACUCACACUUCAAGCACGGCGGCGGGCUCGCCGGUUCACAACGUCAGCUACAAAGGGCUCGCAUUCGGAACCCUGAGGGGCGGCGCUCCUCGAGCCAAUCUGGCCAUUUACAAGGUUUGCUGGGAGGAUGGAAGUUGCACAAAUGCUGACAUUCUCAAGGGCUUUGAUGAAGCCAUUCAUGACGGAGUUGAUGUUAUUUCAAUUUCUGCGGGGGGAAAUGUGCCUUUGAAUGCCGAAAUUGACCCUCGUGAUUUGCUCAACUUCGGCUCUUUCCAUGCUGUUGCGCAUGGAAUCAGCGUUGUCCAGUCCGGGGGUAACCAAGGGCCCAAUGGUCAAACCGUGUCUGGUACUGCGCCUUGGAUUUUAACAGUUGCUGCUUCUACUCCUGAUAGAGCAUUCCCUACACAAAUCACAUUGGAGAAUGGUCAAAGCUUGAUGGGUGAAGCAUUAUUCACCGGGAACGAAACAGGCCUUGUUAACUUGGUUUACGACGCUCCUGAUGAUGCUUUAGAGUUUGACGGGUAUUGUGAAUCUCUAUCAAAAAAUGAUACAUGGUUAGCUGGAAAUGUGGUAUUGUGUUUUAGCGAGGAUGGAGAUUUUGUUGAUGCUGAAGACAUUCAGGCCACCGUGAAAGAAGCCGGUGCUUCGGGAGUUAUUAUUUCACAACAGAAAAUGUCUGCUCUAUAUUCUUACAAGGGUGACUUCCCUAGUGUGCAAGUAGAUUACGUAGUAGGAUCUAAGAUACUUCUCCAUAUUCGUUCCACAAGGAAUCCGAGAGUUCGAAUACACCCAACAAAAACUCAAAUUGGCAAGCCCAUUUCAAGUACCAUUUCAUUCUACUCUUCUCGUGGCCCUAACACUUUAGCCCCAGAAAUCCUUAAGCCAGAUAUAGCAGCUCCUGGAACAAAUAUAUUAGCAGCAUAUAUUUCUGAAGAUCCUGCUGUGCCAAGUGCAUAUGAUUUCCUUUCUGGCACAUCUAUGGCCACACCACAUGUGGCUGGAAUUGUCGCCCUUCUCAAAGCUGCACACCCAAAAUGGUCUCCAAGUGCUAUCAAAUCCGCAAUUGUCACUACAGCAUGGACAACCGACCCUUCUUCUGGAGAACCAAUAUUCAGUGAAGGAGAAACGAAUACUAAAUUGGCAGAUGCAUUUGACUAUGGGGGAGGAAUCAUACAUCCCAACAGAGCACAAAACCCCGGCCUCGUCUAUGACAUGGGAACAACUGACUAUCUCCACUGCCUAUGUGCCAUGGGAUACAACAGCACUGCCAUUAGUCAACUUGCUGGUCAAACCAUCAACUGCCCUAAAGGGUUUUCCAUUCUGGAUGUGAACUUCCCUUCCAUUACCAUACAAGACCUUAAACACUCGGUCACUCUCAAAAGAACGGUGACAAAUGUUGGACCUACAAAUUCUUCAUACAAACUUAUAGUUGAACGUCCAAGGGGAAUCAGAGUUUCAGUAAACCCAGAUACACUGAUUUUCACUCCCAAUGUUACGAAAAUCACUUUUGUUGUGACCAUUUCCACGAGUUAUAGCUACAAUACUGGAUAUUACUUUGGGAGCUUAACUUGGAAUGAUGGCUGCCACAAUGUUCGAAUUCCUAUAUCGGUCAACACUCUAUCAUAAUAAGAAGAAAAGUUUGUUAUGCAUAAUAAUGUACAUUGUUUCCCCCUCAUCAUCAACAUACAUCAGAGGAGUGUUAUGAAUAAUAUAUGAUUGAAUGUGAAUGUUAUUGACUGAAUGUCAUGAGAAGAAUAUUACGGAGUAUAAUGUAUGACGAUAAUUAGUUUACAUUGUUUCAAUUCCCCUACAUCAUUAAUGUAUAUUAAUGAAAAAUUACAUAUUUAUGACUACAAUAAACGUGGUUUGUAAAAGGUUGGCCUCUUG